AUGUCUGCGCCGGGUUGUACGAGCAUUGACACCUCUCUCGGUUACAGCUUGAAUUCAACGCCGAAUGGUGGAGUAGCACCCCCCUAUCAGAAUGGUAAAACAGGCCGUGGAGAUUACGGACGCUAGUUAAACUAGCCAGUGGUUGAAAUAACUAGCUAACUAAUGUGGCUGUGUGAAAGGCUGUUGCUUGGGUAUUUGUUGCGUUUGGUAAUUAGCUUAGCUAGCUAGCUGCGUAAAUUAUGACGUUAUUACUAAAACGGACAAUUCAGUUUGUUAAAGAGACAUCGAUAAUUGCUACCUAGCUAACGUUAGCUAGUAUCCAUUCAAGCUUGCCAGCUAGCAAGCUAUCUUGAACAACCACUCAACACGUUUAUUUGUGGUAAUAUUGGUUAUGUUCACAAAUUGAUUUAGCCAACAGUCAUCUAUCUUCUAAGUAUUCUUUGCUUAUUUCACUAAUGCAGCCGGGGUCCAUGGCUGGAGGACCUUUGGCUAGUUAGCUACGGUAGCUAGAUAGCUUGCUAGGGCAUUUGAAAUCUGUUACUAGCUAGUAACGUUAGGGCAUCAUCAUUACACCGGCAGCUAGUCUGCCAGAUCUAAAAUAUUUUACUCUUGGGUUGACAAAGUCAGUUGCUGCUUAGAUGACAUUGACAGGUUUGACCCUUUCUAUAGAAUAUUUAGUAUGUAGCUAGUAAUAUUAGCUAGUAAUAUAUGUAGUUAAUACUUUUGAUAAUAGCUGAUCACACAAUAUGUAUGAUAAUCAUCAAUCCUCCUUGUCAAUAAUCUGCAUCAAUAUUUAAUUUACCCCCAACCCCUUUGUUCAACUGUCAUUGUCUCCAGGUCCAGGAGGACAGACUUACCCAUCCACAUAUCCUUCGACAGGGUACUGUGGAGCCGGGCCUCAACAGCAGGGCUACCCUACCAUUCCAGGACACUGUGCCCCUGCCCCCAAAAAAGCUCACAUCACGAACAAUGACCACAGUGCUUACUACCACCAGAACAGCCACCAGCAGCUGCUGCAGCCCACUGCUGCACCUACUGUAGCCCCCUCUGCAUACGGAGCAACCCAAGGCUCCCACCCUCCCUCUCAGCCCUAUGGCACCCCCACAACCCUUCCCACCUCCGCUGCCCUUCCAAACCCCCAACAUGCACCUUCAUUCCAACAACCAGCCUCCUACGCACAGCCUGGGGCCUACUAUGGACAGCAGCAGUACCCCACCUCCCAAGCGCAACACCACCCCCAGCAGCCAAACUUGGUGUUGGCACCCCCCAGCGGCCCAGGUGCUCCCCUGUAUCCCAUUGUCUCGUACCCCUCUGUUCUUGGAAGCAGCCAGUACGGCACGUUGCGUUCCUCCCAGGCUCCCACCGGCCCAGCAGCUGUUCCCAACCUGAUGGGCGCUCCCCUCCACCAGUAUCCCCCAGGAAAUUACACCAGUCACCCAGCAUCUACUGCAGCGGUUCCCCUUGGUUAUAGAAUGGCUCCACCCGGCCAACCAGCCACAGUCAACGGCCAGGGUAAUGCAGGUACGGUCGACUCCUCUGCACUGUUGAGGAUGUCCGUACAGAAUACAUUUUGAGACACUUUUCUUGUCAAUUUGUGUAAUUGAUAUACUUGCCUCUGCCUUAAUUGGUUUCUUCUCCCCAGUUCAAGCCUCAGUCCUCCAGCACUAUGACCAAAGUCACCAGGCACCCAUGACACAUGACCACUGCGGAUUAGGAGUCACACACAACACUGGGGGUGCUGAUGGCGACAUACCACCUUUAGGAAUCCCCUCCACUUCAGUUAAUUCCUCCCCGGGGCAUCAGCAAGGUAAAUGGAGAGAGAAGAGAGGCUUGUAAACUAUUGAGUUAGCAUGCAUCUCUCUACAGUAUCUGUAUAGGUCAUCAGCAUUGAUGUCAUCAAUGGCAGGCCCAUGUCGGCCAUUUUGAUGCAAGUUUGAGAGGAUCCUGCAGCAUUACAUUUGUGUGCUUCUCCGUCCUCACCUUGAUUAAAUGAUUGAUGAAGGGAUCUGUUUUUCAUCUUUCAAACUUUUUCUAGGCCUAGUCUAACUAAGUAAAUUGAAUAGGGGCAUUUCCAUCGAAAAGGACCGAUGAGCACCAACAUGUGAAGUUAAUAGGAGCAUAACAAAUUGGGUGUCAAAUGAAAGUUAAGAGUAUGUUUUGCGGAAGUGAAGGCAUAGAUACAUUUUUCAACCAUUUUCCAUCUAAAAAAUUAGGCAUAAGCAAAGGCUUUGAUUUCUGGAUAAAAAUAUGUAAAAGGGGUCUUAGAAAACAUCUACCAGAAAAAUACUUAAAAGGUAUCAGAAAUGCAUCAAAAACACACUAAUGUUGACAUAAAGACCCCUGCCAACUAAUAUCAGCACUUGUAUUUAGUUUUGGAUAAAUUGUUUACCUUCUGUUAGUUUAAGAAAUAUUGCCUUGUGCCUUGUAAUUCCAUUGCCAAAAACCCACAAAUGUAAGAUAUUUUCAAUUUUUUCUCCCUCAUGAUGAGGGAGGAUAGUAAAAGUUUACAGAAGUAACAAGUAAUGAUAGACUUACCAAUUAGUUAUAGUGAUUUUACCCAUAUACAUUUUGUUUAUGCAUUAUUAAGUGAUUAAAACUCGUAGUUCUGUUACGGUAUUGGUAACGGAGAUACCAUAGAAAUCAGUAACAGAAUUAUGCAAUUGAAUUGGCUACACUGGGAAAUCAUAAUAGUCACAAACCACAGUAGGGUCACCUGCUACUGUCCUCCCUUCCACUGGCAUACUGUUAUGUUCAGCUCAUAACUGUUUUCUUUGUCUUUCUGUUGUCUGGUGGUCAAACCAAGAGUGUUAAAACAGUCUGAGUCUGGACAACCCCUUCCUCUCUCCCUCUCCCUCUCUCUCUCUGCCUCUCUCACUCUCCAGUUAAUGUCACCUCUCAGCUCUUACUGACACCUACCCAUGAGAACACUAUGUUUCCAUUUACUUUAACCAGCAUCCUCACCCACUGAGCACCGACCGACACCGGACGUCCAUGGAUGUUGAAAAGUAGUUGCAAUUUGUUCAGUCCAUCCUGGCUUUGAUGUUAACGUCCACGGACGGAUCGUACUGGACCAAAUCUAAACCUAUCAUAGACGUAUGUUUCACAAGUUUGGAUAGUACAAUACAUUGAGUAGAGCACAAUCGAGUACAAUACAGUAGUACAAUACAGUAAAUAAAAGUAUAGUACAGUAUAUUGUACUGUAUUCUACUGUGCUGUAUUGUACUCUACUGUUCUCUACCAUGCUGUGCUGUCCAAACUUGUGAAACUUGAGGAGAAUGACAUUCAUAUCCAUAAUUAGACAUUUCUGUAUAGUACAGAUCAGGGACCCAUGAUGGAAUUUUGUUACCGUAAUUCCGUUACCGGUUGUAAUUUCACUUCACUUACUGUAGUUUAAUAACCAAAAGCAAAAAGAAAUGUCAAACUCAAGGUGCCAUGUCAUAGCUGACACCCCAUUCUCUCUGCAGACAUCUUUGAAUCUUAAUUCGGAGUAGAUAUAGUUUUUGGAAAACAUGGUCGCAUAAAAAACUGAGGGAGAUUUUACUGUAAUUCUGCACAGUUCUUCCACUAAAUUAGUUUUAGUAAAUUCUUCAGUGGAAAUUGUUGAAAUGUGUCUUUGUGCAUAGUUGUAUAGUUUGUUACACUUUGAAAUCAAUGUUUUUUAUUAUAUAGUGAGCGUGCCCACUCUGGUAUUGGCACGUGCGCUCAAGCCAACAGCUCGCAGAUACAGUGUUGGUAUAGCCUACAUGAUGAGAUUAUUAUGGACAAAAGAGCAAGAUUAUUUGUAUUUGUCAAACGGCAGCCAAGCAUCGAUCAUUAUGUCACCAGAAUAAGACCCUCGAUAUUUAUUGGAAAGGAGCACCAAGCUUGUCACUGUGCACUUUCACCACCCUGUGAAGUUCAACAUAAUUUAUUUAAUCUGUAGCCUAAGAAACUGCAUGUUUUCCCGAGUCGUAGUGGGAGGACCACACAACAUGUCAUCGCGUGACAAGUUUACCUCCGAUAUAAUGGUUAUAUCAAUAUUUGUGGAUAAAAGCGUUUCCAUCACCAUUUCUCACAUAAUUCAUUUUACGACACAAAAAGAUCCCACCUUGUCUAGAGUGUUUUGUUUUGUUGACAUUUGGAAAGUUUACCACCAAAUUUGCUGUUUCCAUCAGGCCUGUCGUGACACUUUUUUUGCUUGUACUUUACUCGUAUAAAAAGGUCGUACGGAAACCUGGUUUGUGUGGUAGAAGCUAGUGAGUAGUGACGUUUUUGCAGGAGAAUGGCAAGCAUCCUCACCAACGUGCCCACCACACAGACACAGAUUUUCUGGACUCAGUCCUCUGGCUCCGUCCUCGCCCUCUCCUCCCCUCCACAUAGUUGAUGGUUGUUUUGUUUUGUACCCUCUCCCACCCCCCACAGGCAUGCACUACGGAUAUGUAGCCAAUAGUGGCGCUAGCUCUUCCAACGCCGCCGCCAACGUUGCCCCCUCGUCAUCCAGCUCCGAUGAUGAUGAUGAGGAAGCAGGUCUGCUUAUAGCUUUUAUUCCCCAACCCAACUCCAAUAACCAUCAACUAACCCGACCCUCACAUCAACCCAUGUGGCACUUACUUUCCUUUCAACCCCAGGCACUUUGCAUGCAUACUCAUGUCUCAAAGCCACCUCCGCCCAUCUCUAGCAGCUUCUCUGCCCCCCACUUGCAGAUCCAUCUCUCUCUACUGCCCACCUGACGGCCUCCACGCACUCAACAGCUACGCCAUAUCUUCUCCCAGCAUUAACACUGUGUUCCCAAUAGAUAUUGUAUGUUAGUGAUGAGAGCUCAUUGUAACUGAAACCACUGUGAAGCUGAUCAGCUAACCUCUUCUUGAUUAAGUUAGGAUAAGCCUUGAUUAAGCUUAAUUCGAUCCAUCAGUUAAAUCAUGUGAGUAGGGUGUAGUAUUUGAGAGCAAAUGAGAUGUGUUUGAGAGCAAAUGAGUUGUUUUAGGAUCUGUUUUGUCUUCUUGACAUGCAGGCUACUCACUCGUUCUUGUGAUGUCCUCAGUUAUCCUCUCAGCUCUCACCCACUAACCCUUUAGUAAUGAUUGUGUGUCUGAAUUUCAAUUACAGGCACUGAUCCAACUGGAUUCUGAACAAAAAGCUGAUUUUUCUUCCCAUUGCAAUUUCAGAAUGACAUCGUCCUGAAAAACUAUUGAUUUUGCAUGAUUGGUUUUGCAUUUAGAAAAGGAAACAAACAUGUAUAGAGCACAUAAUUUAACCAUUUUCUGUAGCUCCCUAUCUGGGCCAGUCACUAGCCUACACUAUGUUUGGAACCUGAAAUCUUAACACCUUCCAUAGUUAUGCUAUGCUGAUAACGAUGUUAUUAUACUAAAUUUCCAUUUGGUUAUCAGCAUGCACUGUACAUGCAGUGUUUUAAUGAGAAGGUGUUGAGUGUCCUAGGGGUGCUGGUGGGUCCCACCCUUGGGUUGAGUGUCCUAGGGGUGCUGGUGGGUCCCACCCUUGGGUUGUGUGUCAUUGGCUAGAGGUUAACAGCUUUUUAAAUAUAGCAGGUCCCUUGUUGCUGCGGACCAGCAGGCAGCAGCCUCUGCUGCUCACUGGUCUCCACUGGGAGAAGGGUAGAGGCCGAGGCAUGUCAGCACUAGCUCUCGCUAGCACCUCUGCUAAAAGUGUGCUCCUCUUUCCCCUCUUACACUCCAAACACACUCUAUCAUUCUACAAUUUUCAUUGUCAUUUUCAAGUCGCAGAUGUUUCUCUUUUAUGUUUGUCCCAUUUUAAUUUAUUUUCCAAAGCAUGAUCAUGUCGCUUAUCAUUCUGUCUCUGUUGCUUGGCCAACAUUUUGUUUAGGACAAUUUUUUUUGCUGUUUUGUGUUAUGACACAAAUUCAUAUGAGAACAAGGACAUGUCCGUUGUCAGUCAUAUCAUCCUUGUGUCCCCAGCCAGCCAGGUUCACUAAUAUCCAGAGUACUUAAUCCAGUGGGGUCACAGUCAGAUUUAGCUGCCUGGGAUAAUUGGAGCUCAUCCAAUGAGUUCUUGGCCUGCACAGGCAGUGCUAUCUUGGUUCACUGUCACAGCCCUCCAUUUGGCCCAAUUGGAUUAAUCAACUCAGUCAAAACCUGCCUCCGAUGUGCGUGUGGCUGAGACUUAAAAGCACCCUCUCAUAGUGCCCCAGAGCGCCUCUAUCCAAUUACUCAGAUGGAAGGAAAGGCUGUAUGUGCACGGCCUAGGAGGAUGAUGAUGAUUUUGAUAACUGCUAUCUGCCUCUCUAUAAGUAAGUAGCCUAGCACAAGCCUUGGCUUGUGCGAGCCGGAAUGGCUCAUAGGAGCAGGAGCCUAUCUCCUGUUUCUGCAGCGUGAGGGAAACGUGAUGUACAAGUACACCCCCUGACAGGAUGCUAGUCUAUCUGGGGCCUUACCCCCAAUCUAUCUCCUUUAAUGCUGAGUGUCAUGCAAAGACUCAUUGAGAGUCCCAUUUUUACAGUUUUUGGUAUGACUAGGCCGGGGAUCCAACUCCCAAUCUCAGUGCGGACACUACCCAAAAGGCCACGGAUUUGAUUUGUCUGUCUGUGGCUUCACCUAUUUUCCCAUUUCAGCAGCUUUCAUGUGUUAUUUUUCUUCCGCCAGCAUGUCCAAGGCCCUGCAGAGUUAAAGAGAACAGCUCCUUACAACUCUGUUUUGUUCUUCACCUCCCCCCUCUCUCAGGCGGUGAUAGUUCCUCAACCACCACCGGCAGUGCGUCCCCGGUUCCCAACAGCUAUGACUCCCUGGAAGGCGGCAGCUACCCAGGUACAUACUGUACUCCGCUCUUAACAUCCAAUGCUACAUUUACUUUGCAUUUACAUUUUUUGACACAACCCAUCUUGACAACAGCUCCAUCGUCCAAUGGAAAAUGUCUUCUGCCACAUAUCGCCACUCAACCACAACCCCAAAUGCACUCAGCGGGCAGCUGUCCAUUGGUACAUGCAACUUAAUGUUUCUCUCUUUAUUUCCAGAGUUCUCCAAUCCUCCCUCCGCCGACAUGCCCAAACAGGCCCCGCCCUUUGGCUACGGCUACCCCAGCAUGCAGCCAGCCUAUCAGCAGAGGCCGGUCUCCAGGACAGGCUCCUCCCCCUCCCACAGCGGGUACAACCAAACUGGCUACCAGCAUUUGCCACAGGUAAGAUGUUCUGGUACAACCCACCUGGUUGUGUAUGACAAAAAUUAUAAAAAAUUAUAUGUUCCCUCAUAAAUACAUGAAAAGGAGUUAGCCUACUAAGUCAAUACAUUUCUCUGAAGGCAUGUUAGUGUUGUGGGCAUCGAUUCCUUUCUAUCAUGUGGUAAUGAUCUACCUAUCUCUAGUGACUGUGUGACUAACUGCCUCCUGUUUGUCUGUGCAGCCCUUCCCUAACAUGUCCCAGCUGUCUGCGGCCCUUGGGGGGCUGAGCGGUGUACCAGAGCUGGAGGUGGAGGCGCUGCGGCCCGUCAACCUGCUGCAGGAGAGGAACCUGCUGCCCCACCGGCCCCUGGACGCCCCAGAACCCAACCUCAGCGCUGACCUCAAGAAGGCCAACUGCAGCCCGGAGUAAGAGGGAGGGAGAGUUUGUGGGUUUGAGAAUAUGCUGGUAUCUGAACACAACACUCACUGACAAUAUGCAGCAUAAACUGAAACACUUUGAAUGACAGGUCUCCCAAGUCUAUUGAUAGGAUCAAGCAAAACACAUAUUGGAAACAUUGUUGAUUUCAAACGUACUUCUCCUCGAUCUCCACACUGCAUUGUUCCUCCAGUCUCCGCUCACUCAAUGAAACAUAUUAGCUCAUGCCUGGCAAGGCUGUGCUAAAUGCUGUUCUCUCUCCCUCCACAGCACAUUCAGGUGUACCCUGAACAACAUCCCCCAAACCCAGGCCCUGCUGAAUAAAGCCCGGCUGCCCCUGGGCCUGCUCCUGCACCCCUUCAGAGACCUCGCAGUAAGACACCCAACCCUAACACAACCAGGGUCCUGCCCACAAACAUCCCCUAACUCCUGGUAUAGAUCUGAGAGGAUUGGAUAGGUGUAAGGAACUGACAUUUCAGGGAGCUACUAACUUGGAAGGGCAAUUUGCUACAUUGGAACAUAACACACAACAAAUGUUGUGGAAUUGAGUGAAUAUCCUAGAAUAAAACUAUUCAGUGGAUAUUUAUAUUGACUGUGGUUUUCAGUGUUGAUCUAUACUAUGCCCCCUAAAUAACACCCGUCAAUCUGUCAUAGGAAGUUAAACUGAGCACAGAACAGCAGGAGGCAAGGCAGGUUGAGGUGGAGGAUGAGGAGGUGCAAAAAUACAUUGUUUUAGGUUCAGUGAAAGUGGUAAAAGUACAAAAAGCCGGUCAGUGUUGAUAUAAGGAGUUUUACAAAAAGGAUUCCACUCUUACAGAUGCAUAUUGCAGACACAGGUUAGAUCAAAUAUAGAGGUUAGAUUACAUUUUCAGAAAUAACUUUGUAACAAACCACAGAUGAACAAAAAGUCAUCUUCAUCACAGAAUCUCACUCUCUCUCUAUCCAUAGCAACUCCCGGUGAUCACAUCCAACACCAUAGUGAGAUGUCGCUCCUGUCGUACCUACAUUAACCCCUUUGUCUCCUUCCUGGACCAAAAGAGAUGGAAAUGCAACCUCUGUUACAGGGUCAACGAUGGUACGGAUCCCUCUAUUAAAUAUGUGUACUAGGGCAGCACUGUCCAAAUGAUAAUGUUAAAUAACAUCUGCUAAAUCACCUAAAUGUAAAUAUUCUCCCCCUCACAGUUCCUGAUGAGUUCAUGUAUAACCCAGUGACCCGCUCAUAUGGAGAGCCCCAGAAGAGGCCAGAGGUACAGAACUCCACUGUGGAGUUCAUAGCCUCUUCAGAUUACAUGGUUAGUAUUCAUUCAUCCAUCCAGAAGCAGUUUGCCCUCAGUCCACUGGUGUGCAGGUCUCCAUCAGACACAUGUCAGACUGCAGAUGUCAACUGGUUGAAUGUUUUGAGUAAAGCAUGUGUUCUCCCCAGCUGCGGCCCCCUCAGCCUGCAGUGUACCUGUUUGUGCUGGAUGUGUCUCACAACGCGGUGGAGGGAGGCUACCUGAACGUCUUCUGUCACACCCUACUGGAAAACCUGGACAAGUGAGUCGGUUGGCCUCUGGAGUCCAUACAUAGUAUUUGGCAACCUUUAGUUCUCAAAAUCAGACUCUUUUAGUUUGUGCUCCAUUUCAAAGAGGGGGGAAAAAAAGGAACAAAUAAAAGGAGAAAUGUAAAACAUGGCCACGCCCUCCUACAAAGGCGUACUUGCGUUGGCCUGCUUGCAAGUGUGUAAGAACUGGAGGCAUAUUGAAAUGAGUGGUGAGCUCUCUGGUGCGUUCUGCUUUAGCAGUUAAGUCCAUCAGCAUUCAUACACAUGGUGAACAAUAGGAUUUGGGCAACCCAGAGGGAUAGUUUGAAGUUGAUACGUUUGAAGUUGAUACGCUUCAACUAUGAAGUAAGAAUUGUUUUUCUCGCCAGGAAAAGAGACAUGGAAUACUUGAGCAGGACUGUCAUUCCAUUUCUUCCCAGGAAAUUAUCUUGUUCUUUUGUCGUAACCAUACAAAACUAGCUCUGAUAACUGUUCUCUGCUUGUUUCGAUGUCUGGGAAAUCUGUCACGUCAACUCCAUAAUGCCAAGUCCAUAAUCCCACUUUUUGACAUGGAAAUUAGUUCACCAGAAUUCCAUGACACACACACACACACUGGCGUUGUCAAAGCCGAGAAAGAUUCUGCAAUUUCCCGACCUUUGUUCCAUUGUCCAGUACUGUUAUACGCUGGAGACUAGGUUGACUCUCCAGGGGGGGUCUGUUCUGUGUCUCAGGAUGCCCGGGGACACGCGCACUCGAGUGGGCUUCAUCACCUUCAACAGCACCAUCCACUUCUACAACCUCCACGAGAGCCUCUCACAGCCCCAGAUGCUGGUUGUCUCCGACAUCGACGGUGUGUGUUCUUUCAGUCAGCUCCCCUCUUCCAUCUUCAGGUCCACUGCCUAGAAAUCCCCAGCCUGGGUGUCAGUCGGUUUGUGCUCUAGCCAACAUGUCGUUGUCUUGCCAAACAACUCUUGGCAAGGCAACAGUGUAGUGUUGACGGCAGCAGACUGACUGCACCCCCCCUCUCCCUCAAACUCACUUAUUUACUAAUGGUGGAAUUUUGUUUUGUUGUUGUGGCAUUUCUCCAAGUGAAAUAUCCCAGGACAUUGAAUUGGAGCUGUGGUACAUUAAAUGAUUCCGUCUUGGUUCUGUUUUUGUAGAUAUCUUCAUUCCAACCCACGACAGUCUCCUGGUGAACCUGAAGGAAAGCAGAGCGGUAAAGGUUUUUAUUUGACUGAGAAUGUGUGGAACUAUUUGUGUUUACCAGUGUCAUCACAGGCUGGUUUUCUUGACUGGCGUGUGAGAGUGUGUGUUUUUGACCAUGUGUGAUUGCUUUAGUGUGAAAGUGUUUUUCGCUUGUGUGUGUGCCUUUUUUAGUCAUUUUAACUGCUCUUUCUCUCUCCCUCUCUCCUUUUCUCUUUCUUUCUCUCAAUCCUCCUCUCUCCCCACCCCCCUCUCCCAGCUGGUGAGGGUACUGUUGACCUCCCUACACAGCAUGUUUAGCCAGACCAGGGAGACCCACAAUGCCCUGGGCCCAGCACUGCAGGCUGCCUACAAGCUCAUGUCCCCCACGGGGGGCCGCGUCUCCGUGUUCCAGACCCAGCUACCCACGCUGGGCGCCGGCCUGCUGCAGUCCCGGGAGGACCCCAACCAGAGGUCCAGCGCCAAGGUAUGAGUGCUGAGUCACACACACACACAUAUAUGUGUGUGUAUAUGUAUGUGCAUUCGGAAAGUAUUCACUUUUUCCACAUUUUAUUACAUUACAGCCUUAUUCUAAAAUUGAUAAAAUAGUUUUUUUCUCUCAUCGAUCUACACACUACCUUAUUUACAUACGUAUUCAGACUCGUUGCUUUGAGACUCAAAAUUGAGCUCCGGUGCAUCCUGCUUCCGUUGAUCAUCCUUGAGAUGUUUCUACAACUUUAUUGGAGUCCACCUGUGGUAAAUGAAAUUGAUUGGACAUGAUUUGGAAAGGCACACACCUGUCUAUAUAAGGUCAAGAACCCGAUGGCCACUCUGAAAGAGCUCCGGAGUUCCUCUGUGGAGAAUGGAGAACCUUCCAGAAGGACAACCAUCUCUGCAGCACUCCACCAAUCAGGCCUUUAUGGUAGAGUGGCCAGACGGAAACCACUCCUCAGUAAAAGGCACAUGACAGCCCGCUUGGAGUUUGCCAAAAGGCACCUAAAGGACUCUUAGACCAUGAGAAACAAGAUUCUCUGGUUUGAUGAAACCAAGAUUGAACUCGUUGGCCUGAAUGCCAAGCGUCACGUCUGGAGGAAACCUGGCACCAUCCCUACGGUGAAGCAUGGUGGUGGCAGCAUCAUGCUGUGGGGAUGUUUUUCAGUGGCAGGGACUGGGAGACUAGUCAGGAUUGAGGGAAAGAUGAAUGGAGCAAGGUACAGAGAGAUGCUUGAUGAAAAUCUGCUCCAGAGUGCUCAGGACCUCAGACUGGGGCGAAGAUUCACCUUCCAACAGGACAACGACCCUAAGCACACAGCCAAGACAACGCAGGAGUGGCUUUGGGACAAGUCUCUGAAUGUUCUUGAGUGGCCCAGCCAGAGCCCAGACUUGAACCCAAUCGAACAUCUCUGGAGAGACCUGAAAAUAGCUGGGCAGUGACGCUCCCCAUCCAACCUGACAGAGCUUGAGAGGAUCUGUACAGAAGAAUGGGAGAAACUCCACAAAUACAGGUGUGCCAAGCUUGUAGCGUCAUACUCAAGAAGACUUGAUGCUGUAAUCGCUGCCAAAGGUGCUUCAACAAAGUACUGAGUAAAGGGUCUGAAUACUUAAAGUACCAGUCAAAAGUUUGGACACACAUACUCAUUACAGGGUUUUUCUUUACUUUUACUAUUUUCUACAUUGUAGAGUAAUAGUGAAGACAUCCAAACUAUGAAAUAACACAUAUGUAAUCAUGUAGUAACCAAAAAAGUGUUAAACAAAUCAAAAUAUAUUUUAUAUUUUGAGAUUCUUCAAAUAGCCACCCUUUGCCUUGAUGACAGCUUUGCACACUUGGCAUUUUCUCAACCAGCUUCAUGAGGUAGUCACCUGGAAUGCAUUUCAAUUAGCAGGUGUGCCUUAUUAAAAGUUAAUUUGUGGAAUUUCUUACCUUAAUGCGUUUGAGCCAAUCAGUUGUGCUGUGACAAGGUAGGGGGGUAUACAGAAGAUAGCCCUAUUUGGUAAAAGACCAGGUCCAUAUUAUGGCAAGAACAGCUCAAAUAAGCAAAGAGAAACGACAGUCCAUCAUUACUUUAAGACAUGAAGGUCAGUCGAUAGGAAAAAUGUCAUGAACUUUGAAAGUUUAUUCAAGUGCAGUCACAAAAACCAUCAAGCGCUAUGAUGAAACUGGCUCUCAUGAGGACCGCCACAGGAAUGGAAGACCCAGAGUUAUGUGUUAUUUUAUAGUUUUGUUGUCUUCACUAUUAUUCUACGAUGUAAAAAAUAGUAUGUGUGCCCAAACCUUUGACUGGUAGUGUAUGUAAAUGUGAUAUUUCAGAUGUUUAUUUUUAAUACAUUUGCUAAAACUGUUUUUGCUUUGUCAUUAUGGGGUAUUGUGUGUAGAUUGAUGAGUGGGAAAAAACUAUUUAUUCCAUUUUAGAAUAAGGCUGUAAUGUAACAAAAUGUGGAAAAAGUCUAGGGGUCUGAACUUUCCGAAUGCACUGUGUGUGUGUGUGUGUAUAUAGAUAGAUAGAUAGAUAGAUAUCUCUAUCUCACACACACCCUACCGUUCAAAAGUUUAGGGUCACUUAGAAAUGUCCUUGUAUUCGAAAGAAAAGCAAUUUUUUUUAUCUAUUAAAAUAACAUAACAUCAAAUUGAUCAGAAAUACAGUGUAGACAUUGUUAAUGUUGUAAAUGGCUAUUGUAGCUGGAAACGGCUGAUCUUUAAAAAAAUUGAAUAUCUACAUAGGCGUACAGAGGCCCAUUAUCAGCAACCAUCAGUCCUGUGUUCCAAUGGCACGUUGUGUUUGCUAAUCCAAGUUUAUCAUUUUAAAAGGCUAAUUGAUCAUUAGAAAACCCUUAUGCAAUUAUGUUAGCACAGCUGAAAACUGUUGUGCUGAUUAAAGAAGCAAUAAAACUGGCCUCCUUGAGACUAGUUGAGUAUCUGGAGCAUCAGCAAUUGUGGGUUCGAUUACAGGCUCAAAAUGGCCAGAAACAAAUAACUUUCUUCUGAAACGCGUCAGUCUAUUCUUGUUCUGAGAAAUGAAGGCUAUUCCAUGCGAGAAAUUGCCAAGAAACUGAAGAUCUCAUACAACGCUGUGUACUACUUCCUUCACAGAACAGCGCAAACUGUCUCUAACCAGAAUAGAAAGAGGAGUGGGAGGCCCCGGUGCACAACUGAGCAAGAGGACAAAUACAUUAGUGUCUAGUUUGAGAAACAGACGCCUCACAGGUCCUCAACUGGCAGCUUCAUUAAAUAGUACCCGCAAAACACCAGUCUCCACGUCAACAGUGAAGAGGCGACUCCGGGAUGCUGACCUUCUAGGCAGAGUUGCAAAGAAAAAGCUUAUCUCAGACUGGCCAAUAAAAAGAAAAUAUUAAGAUGGGCAAAAGAACACAGACACUGGACAGAGGAAGAUUGGAAAAAAGUGUUAUGGACAGACGAAUCGAAGUUUGAGGUGUUCGAUCAUAAAGUAGAACAUUUGUGAGACUCAGACCAAAUGAAAAGAUGCUGGAGGAGUGCUUGAUGCCAUCUGUCAAGCAUUGUGGAGGCAAUGUGAAUGUCUGUGGGUAUUUGUUGGUGGUAAAGUGGGAGAUUUGUACAGGGUAAAAGGGAUCUUGAAGAAGGAAGGCUAUCACUCCAUUUUGCAACGCCAUGCCAUACCCUGUGGACGGCGCUUGAUUGGAGCCAAUUCCCUCCUACAACAGGACAAUGACCCAAAGCACAGCUCCAAACUAUGCAAGAACUAUUUAGGGAAGAAGCAGUCCGCUGGUAUUCUGUCUAUAAUGGAGUGGCCAGCACAGUCACCGGAUCUCAACCCUAUUGAGCUGUUGUGGGAGCAGCUUGACCGCAUGGUACAUAAGAAGUGCCCAUCAAGCCAAUCCAACUUGUUGGGUGGUGCUUCAGGAAGCAUGGGGUGACAUCUCUUCAGAUUACCUCAACAAAUUGACAACUAGAAUGCCAACAGUCUGCAAGGCUGUAAUUGCUGCAAAUGGAGGAUUAUUUGACGAAAGCAAAGUUUGAAUAUAUAUUAGUAUUAUUAUUAUUUCUAACACAUACACACUGUCAGGCCAAAUGCCUGGGUAUGGUUCUGUAAUGUAAGGUUCCAGUUGUCUAAGAAGUCUGUUCUCCGUGUUAUGUUGUGACAGGGAGUCAAACACUUGGGCCCAGCCACAGACUUCUACAAGAAGCUGGCCCUGGACUGUUCUGGCCAACAGAUAGGUGUGGACCUCUUCCUCCUCAGCUCCCAGUACUCUGACCUGGCCUCACUAGGUAAGACGUGACCGCCCAUUCUUUAGCUGAAAAAAUAAAACACAAAAUAGAAUAUAGCAGUCCUUUAGAGUAAACAUUAAACAUAAGGCUGACCACAGCAUCCUAUGUCCCCCUCCUCGGUCCAGCCUGUGUGUCUAAAUACUCAGCGGGCAGUAUCUUCUACUACCCCUCGUUGCACCACGUUCACAACCCGGCCCAGCUGGACAAGUUCCAGAAGGAUCUGGAGCGCUACCUCACCAGGAAGAUCGGCUUCGAGGCCGUCAUGCGGAUACGCUGCACCAAAGGUAGGGCUCAAAGGUUUUGGACAAGUAUGUAGUCUCCCCCCCCCCCCCCCCCCCCCCCCCCCCCCCCCACCACCCCCAGACACUGGGCUAAGUUUUAGUUGGUGUUUUCUUCCUUGAAAUGGUUAUGAUUUUGCAACAGUAAACUACUCCUAGAUUAUUUAUUGUGUAUUGUCUUUUAGUAGUUUUAUUUUCUUUCUGAAAGGUACUGUUGUCACUCGCUAAAAUGAACAGUAUACAUUUAUUGACCAUUUCUAGAUCAAUUUAGUGGUUAUCAUUACUAAGUAUGUCGGUCACCUCUCUCCUUGGUUGACAGGCUUGUCCAUCCACACGUUCCACGGGAACUUCUUUGUGCGCUCGACGGACUUGCUGUCCCUGGCCAACGUCAACCCAGACUCGGGCUUUGCCAUGCAGAUGUCUAUAGAAGAGAGCCUGGCCGACACCUCACUGGCCUGCUUCCAGGCUGCGCUGCUGUACACCUCCAGCAAAGGUACGCGCGCACACACACACACACACACACACAGUUUAAUCUCUUAAACACCUCACCAUUUCAUUCAUUGUGGAAAUAUUUUGUAGAAAAGGCAUUCCACCUUUUUUACUUUUACCAAAAUGAAUAAUUUGUCCUAGUCCUAGGACACAGUUGUUAUUUUAGUAUCAUCUAAUGAGCCUACCCUCAUCUCUCAUUCUUUCUGUCCCCCUCCCUCCGUCCUCCUAGGGAAGAGGCGGAUCAGGGUCCAUACUCUGUGUCUGCCAGUGGUGAGCCAGCUUAGUGAUGUAUAUGCCGGGGCUGAUGUUCAGGCCAUCACCUGCCUCCUAGCCAACAUGGGUGAGUGUGUGUAUAUAUCUCACACACACACACUAUUUGUUCAUGGGACCUGAAUUUGUAUUUAUUCAUUCAUUUCUAUUUUAAUUUCUAUGAACAGCCAUUGACCGGUCGAUAUCGUCAAGCCUGGCGGAUGCCCGGGAUGCCCUGGUGAAUGCGGUGGUGGACUCUCUGAGUGCGUACAAGAACACUGUAUCAAAUAUCCAGCAGUCUGGUCUCAUCGCCCCUGCCGCCCUGUGUCUCUUCCCCCUCUACGUGCUGGCACUACUCAAACAGGUCAGUCUGUGCGCCACACACACAGCCUGCAGACAGGACUGUACACACAAACACAUCCCGGGUUUUUGUAUAUACAGUUGAAGUCGGAAGUUUACAUACACCUUAUCCAAAUACAUUUAAACUCAGUUAUUCACAAUUCCUGACAUUUAAUCCCAGUAAAAAUUCCCUGUCUUAGGUCAGUUAGGAUCACCACUUUAUUUUAAGAAUGUGAAAUGUCAGAAUAAUAGUAGAGUGAUUUUAUUUCAGCUUUUAUUUCUUUCAUCACAUUCCCAGUGGGUCAGAAGUUUACAUACACUCAAUUAGUAUUUGGUAGCAUUGCCUUUAAAUUGUUUAACUUGGGUCAAUCAUUUCGGGUAGCCUUCCACAAGCUUCCCACAGGAAGUUGGGUGAAUUUUAGCCCAUUCCUCCUGACAGAGCUGGUGUAACUGAGUCAGAUUUGUAGGCCUCCUUGCUCGCACACGCUUUUUCAGUUCUGCCCACAAAUGUUCUAUAGGAUUGAGGUCAGGGCUUUGGGAUGGCCACUCCAAUACCUUGACUUUGUUGUCCUUAAGCCAUUUUGCCACAUCUUUGGAAGUAUGCUUGGGGUCAUUGUCCAUUUGGAAGACCCAUUUCUUGUCUUGAGAUGUUGCUUCAAUAUAUCCACAUAAUUUCCCUUCCUCAUGAUGCCAUCUAUUUUGUGAAGUGCACCAGUCCCUCCUGCAGCAAAGCACCCCCACAGCAUGAUGCUGCCACCCCCGUGCUUCAUGGUUGGGAUGGUGUUCUUCGGCUUGCAAGCAACCCCCUUUUCCUCCAAACAUGGUCAUUAUGGCCAAACAGUUCUAUUUUUGUUUCAUCAGACCAGAGGACAUUUCUCCAAAAAGUAUGAUCUUUGUCCCCAUGUGCAGUUGCAAACCGUAGUCAGAGUUUUUUAUGGCUGUUUUGGAGCAGUGGCUUCUUCCUUGCUGAGCAGCCUUUCAGGUUAUGUUGAUAUAGGACUCGUUUUACUGUGGAUAUAGAUACUUUUGUACCUGUUUCCUCCAGCAUCUUCACAAGGUCCUUUGCUGUUGUUCUGGGAUUGAUUUGCACUUUUCGCGCCGAAGUACGUUCAUCUCUAGGAGACAGAACGCGUCUCCUUCCUGAGCGGUAUGAUGGCUGCGUGGUCCCAUGGUGUUUAUACUUGCGUACUAUUGUUUGUACAGAUGAACGUGGUGCCUUCAGGCGUUUGGAAAUUGCUCCCAAGGAUGAACCCGACUUGUGGAGGUCUACACAUUUUUUUCGAGGUCUUAGCUGAUUUCUUUUGAUUUUCCCAUGAUGUCAAGCAAAGAGGCACUGAGUUUGAAGGUAGGCCUUGAAAUACAUCCAAAGGUACACCUCCAAUUGACUCAACUGAUGUCAAUUAGCCAAUCAGAACCUUCUAAAGCCAUGACAUCAUUUUCUGGAAUUUUCCAAGCUGUUUAAAGGCACAGUCAACUUAGUGUAUGUAAACUUCUGACCCACUGGAAUUGUGAUACAGUGAAAUAAUCUGUCUGUAAACAAUUGUUGGAAAAAUUACUUGUCAUGCACAAAGUUUGUUAACAAGAAAUUAGUGGAGUGGUUGAAAAACGAGUUUUAAUGACUCCAACCUAAGUGUAUGUAAACUUCCGACUUCAACUGAAUACCCAUGCCCCAACACACACACACACACUUUCCUAUCCAAGGCCGUCCCGGGGACAAUAAAAAAUAGACUCUGGACUCUGGGACAGUUCUGGAACGAUAGAUCCAAAAUUCAUACAACCCCCAAAAUCAUUUAACCAAUGAUGCUGAUGCAACAUAUCAGAAAGCUUAACAUGUUGGUCAACUAUUAUUUAUUCACAUUACAGGGCACUGGUGCCACUAACUUUUUCAGUUGGUGGCACCAGCCCAUUAUUUGGUUGCACCCCAAAAAAUUUAUUCAGUAAAUAAGUUAUAAAUAUAAUAAGUUAUUACAUCUAACAAUUAAGUUAUUACAUUUUAAAUAAGUACGUUUAUGGUUAAAUAUAAAAACAAAAUGCGCUCAGAUUGCAAGGUGGAUGGUGUGAAACAGGCGCUGUCCUUUCUCUCCACUCUUGACCAUUUGAUCUGAACGAACUGUGCCUCGUGUCGACGGAGUCAAGCCUUUAGAGAAUGUUAAUUAGCCUACAUUGUAUUUGUCAAACAUGACUGGCGUUGAGCCUAUAUUUAUGUAAUUAAAAGUCAUUUUCUGGAGCCUCCCUCAUGUCAGCAUCGGUGUGGACAUGAGGCUGUAGCCAAUACGCAUAUCACCGACACUUUGACAUGUAGGGUAAUUUAUUGAUGUUUUGUACAUUUAUGCAAAGUAGAUUUGAAUAUUAUUCCAAGGUUGGCUUUUGUAGAGGCAAAUAUUUGAAUGUGAAUUUCUGGCUAAGUUGAUCUAUUUCAGUAGUACACAUAUUAGCCUUUCAAAUCACUGUGAAUGACCUAGGUCCUAGAGUAGAGCCAUGUUGGCAUAUUACUUUUUUACAAAAAUAAUUACAAGUGGGCCUAUUUUCAUUUGGGAUGCUUCAUCUUCAGUUUUGGACAGUUGAAAUUGCCUUUACACAUACCUAGUCCUUUUGGCCAGAGGAGAUUUUGAAUGUACUGUUUAUCUCAGUCACUAGUUAAGUUAGAAGGAAGCUGUCAAUGCCAUCCCUUCUCAUGAAUCUGUGUUCCUCUUCUCCUCUUCCUUUCCCCUUCCUCUCCACCCAACAGAAAGCACUGCGCAUAGGGACCAGCACGAAGCUAGACGAGCGCGUCUUCGCCAUGUGUGAGUUCAAGAGCCAGCCGCUGCAGCAGAUCAUGCGCAUGGUCCACCCCGACCUCUACCGCCUGGACACCAUGUCAGACCAGGUGAGAGAUCACACCGACACUCUGCUUUUAACAACUGAUCCAAGAGCAACUCUCCACUGACCUCUGGUGUUAUGAGCUACACAGGUGAGAAAUUAACUUUUUGGUCCACCAGCAACUGUGGCAGGUAGAUGAAAAAUCCAGCCCACAUAUGUUUUCGCCUUUAUUAUACCAAAAAUCACAAAUAACGGAUGACCAUGCUUUGUAAUGUUUCUAAAACAAGAAAUGUAUUACUAGUUAGAAGUAAUGUGGUAGUAAUGUGGUAUAUUGCCUGAGUCUUCUAUCCAUGAUGAUGACCUACACACUGAAGAAGGCUGCAAGCCGAAACGUCUGUGUUCACAAUCCCUGAUGCAGUGAAAAUAAUGAAGAAAACAUUUGUAGUAAGCUUUAUGCGAUAUAAUAAUAUGCCAUUUAGCAGACGCUUUUAUCCAAAGCGACUUACAGUCAUGCGUGCAUACAUUUUUUUUGUGUAUGGGUGGUCCACCCAUUUUUGGAGUGCGGACCAAUCACACUUUUAGGCUUAUCUAAAUGUACAGGUUUUACGAGCAACCGAACUUCUGGGAGAGCGCGAUGGUCCCCUUUUGUGUUUGGUGUUUUAAUUAUAAGAAAUUACUAAAAGUUCAUGAAUAAACGUUUUUGGGAGCGUUUCAUGCUCAAUCAAGCACAAUGUACCCCCAAAUAUUUGAGUCAUUAUGUGCAUUUUUUUAUAACAAAUCUACUUUAAAGGGCGGGCCGUUAACGUGGUAAGGGGACACUCAAUCUCUGUCAGAGAUGAGAAUCUCUGCUAGCACCAGACAGUUGCAGCAAACUCUAACUAAUAUUGAAAAACAAUCUAGCAUGUGAACAAAACUAUGUAACUAACCAAGAAGCACAAGGACAAAGGCACACUUCGACCAACUUCUACAUUUGGACUUUGGAUUGAAAAAUACUGUUCCCAAAUGCUCUGUAGCCAACGUGGCUGGUGAAAUAGACAUUGUUACCUGCCAAUGCCAAAAUCGACCCUUGGGUGGCAGGUGUUUAUUUCCCACCCUGCAUAUAGCAAAUGAGUGAAAACCGUUUGUGGUUCAGUUCUUAGAUACAGUGAUUCCAUAAUGGAGCACCGAUACUGAUUUGUUAUGUAUUUGCAGCAUUAGACUGGUUCACAGCUAGAAACAUUGGUUUUGUUCACCUGGGAUGGUCACGAGUAUACUAAUACGUAUACUGCCUUACCUUUUCUGUCCACAGGGGGCGCUCCACCUGAAUGACUGCAUAGUGCCCCAGCCCCAUCUGCUGCACCUCACGGCUGAGAAGCUGACCAGAGAAGGAGCUUUCCUCAUGGACUGUGGCAGUGUAAGUCCUGCUAUGCUCGCACUCAUAUGACCAAAGUCCCUGUAAAACGUACCUUGUCUCUGUUUGAAGACUUUAGCAAUGCAUUCUUCCAUCCGUUCCUCCAUGAUAAUAACAGAUCUGACUAGGUUGGAUAGGUGAAGGCAGUAUUGGUAGUAACUCCACUUUCACAUAUCCAAUCACGUAUGGAUCAGUUAUUACUUCAAAGAAGGGAAUGGUGGAAAGAAUAAUGUAUUUUAACAAAGAUCCUAGUUACUGUCCCAAUGUAUACUACAUUGACUGCCUUUCUGUUCUCUUCUCCAGGUAUUUUACUUGUGGAUUGGGAAAUGCUGUAAUGAUAUGUUCAUUCGGGAGGUGUUGGGAUGCCCAAACCAUGCUUCUAUACCCCCUAACAUGGUUAGUGAGGCACAAACAUUCAUUAGACACAACGUGACAUAUCUAUUGCUGUGUAUAACUCAGUGUUUUAUCUCCAGCUGGUGCUUCACAAUGAGAGAGUACUGUACAUUUACAUUUUUAGUUAUUUAGCAGACGCUCUUAUCCAGAGCGACUUACAGUUAGUGAGUGCAUACAUUAUUUUUUAAUUUUUCAUACUGGCCCCCCGUGGGAAUCGAACCCACAACCCUGGCGUUGCAAACGCCAUGCUCUACCAACUGAGCUACAUCUCUGCCGGCCAUUCCCUCCCCUACCCUGGACGACGCUGGGCCAAUUGUGUGUACUCAGUCAGUUCAGCUAGGGAGUCAUUCAACAUUCAAUAAUUUGUUUGGUUCUACUUUUUGACGAAUAGCCGUGGCUACCUCAAAUAAUGUAUCAUACCACACAACGUGGGUGUGUUACAACAACCGACCACGGGUAUUAAUUAUCAAGGUUUUGUUUUUGAUUCCAUAUUUCAGGAAGGAAGCAAAACUUCCCAAAACCAUGUACAAACUUCACAUUCCAAACCACACAUACAUAUUUCACUAAACCACACACACACGAGACGUGAAGAUCUAGCAUUGAAACCAACCACUAGUUCUCUGGAGUCUGUACACACACACACACAGUCUUUCAUGAGGGUGCAGCAGUAGUAAAAACAAUGAGGUGGAUCUUUUUUCCGCUUCUCUUUAUGAAUACCAGACCCAAAUUCCUGAGCUGGAAACCCCUCUGUCUGAACGACUGCGAGCACUCCUCGCCUGGCUACAGGACUCGAGAACCUUCAGCUCAACUCUUCACGUCGUGAAGUAAGUCAAGUGCCCCUGGUCUGAUUUAAUUGGUGUGUGCGUUGCAAAUUAAGUGCCUUGGUCCAUGUCAUGUAGCAAGCCAUCAGUUUUCUCAUGUGGUAAGAAAGGUACUGUAUGUUCAAUGUAAACAUGCAGCCACUGCGAAGGUCAUUGAUGGACGGCUAGGAUUGAGGCCCCCUAUAGUGAGCGUUUGUUUGGGUUUUAGUUCAUUCUAACAUCAUGCUGGUGCAUCGUUGCACUAUGACAGGUUGCUGUGAGGAUCUGUUUCCUACCAAUGUCUAAGGACCACAGGACAAUCCUUCAUACCAAAAGGAAGUCUUAUGAACACGAAGAGGCCAUUUGAGAAUAGUUUUAUUCCGAAAGGAAGUCUUACAAAUUCAAAUAAGCUUUUAGAGCAUCAAAGUAAUUUCAAUAGACUGUACAUUUUAUGCAGACUAUGGUCUCAUUCUUAUUGCACAUGCUCAUUCAUUUAAUUACUUCUCCCUAUAGGGACGAUGCUUCAGCUAAGACCAGCUUUUUCCAGCACUUGGUAGAGGACCGGUCAGAGUCGGCCCUCUCCUACUACGAGUUCCUGCUCCACAUCCAGCAACAGAUGUCUAAGUAG